UUAUCCAAAACCAAAAAGUGGAUGUCAUCGGCUGGAAACCACAUCACUCUCCCAGUAUGUAUAUAUAUAUAUAUAUAUAUAUAUACACUGUCACCGACAUUUCUGAUCUAGGGUUGGUUUUGCUUUCUUCAUUGUCAGCCCAAAGUUCAAAUCUUUCUGUUCCUCCUCAUCUUCCUCGUCUAGGUGGUCUUGUGGUUGUUCUCUCCAAAUCAGGAAAAAUGCAAGGGGCGGUUAAUGCUUUUUUGUCCCAUGGAAAUUUUGUAAAAAGUGCUGUUUUGCAACGCUUCCGUGUUGCCAAUCCACUACUGAGGCCUAUUAUGUUUUCUCGUUUUGAUUCUGUCUCAUCUGCCCAUAUGGAAGAGCAAAGCUUUGAAAGCACUACCAUUUCUGACAUCUUAAAAGCCAAAGGGAAAGGUGCUGAUGGCUCUUGGCUUUGGUGCACCACUGAUGACACUGUUUAUGAUGCUGUCAAGUCGAUGACACUACACAACGUAGGAGCCUUGGUGGUCCUUAAACCUGGAGAGCAGAAAUCAAUUGCAGGAAUUAUCACAGAAAGAGAUUACCUGAGGAAGAUCAUAGUCCAGGGAAGAUCAUCCAAGUCAACUAAGGUUGGGGACAUUAUGACAGAAGAGAACAAGCUUAUUACAGUCACUCCAGACACUAAAGUUCUGCAAGCAAUGCAGUUGAUGACAGAUAAUCGCAUUAGGCAUAUUCCUGUCAUUGACGAUAAGGAAAUGAUUGGCAUGGUGUCCAUUGGAGACGUUGUCCGUGCUGUAGUGUCUGAGCACCGAGAGGAGCUGGACCGCUUGAACGCUUACAUACAAGGAGGUUACUAGAUGAUGAUGAAAAAUGUGAUGGAAUGCUUUGGAUGUGCUUACUGUCUGACUACCAGUAAGCAAAAAGCUUGUAAAUAUGGCAUGUCAUGUGUCUUCAGUUAUGUGGUUUUACUUUUCCCCAUAUCAGAAUAUCUGAUGUCAAAUAACAGCAUGUGGACUAACAGGUACAUGAUAAGCACAAUCUUGUUGCUUGAGACCAUUGUCUGUGCGCCUUGGAUGAAUGGUUGUGGACUUGUAAUGUCAAAAUCCUUCUGAAAUAUCUAAUUUGAAGAUCUUUCACGGCU